AUGAAUGAUGAACGUUUGGUUAAUGCAAUAAGAGAAGGCCUCACAGAUAACAGAAAAGGUUGGUUACUACGAAAUAAAAUCGAAAUAUCAUCCACAGAUAAUCCUAAAAUCCUUUCGGGGCCGGUGUUGACAAACUCUCCGAACGCAGUAUUAUCGAAGACCUUAUUGGGUCGCUACAAUGAUCUUCCUUUACCGGCGGAUAAGAUCAUAGCGACUUACAUAUGGAUCGAUGGCACAGGAGAACAUCUAAGAUGCAAGGACCGCACUCUUUCAUUCAUUCCGAAAGCACCAAAAGACCUGCCGAUUUGGAAUUACGACGGUAGUUCUACCGGCCAAGCCGAUGGCCAUAACUCCGAUACUUUCCUGGUGGCUCGUGCCAUUUACAAAGACCCCUUCAGACGUGGCAACCACAUCCUGGUUAUGUGCGACACGUACAAAUAUAACAUGGAGCCGACAGAAAGCAACCACCGGUUGAAAUGCGCGGAAGCUUACGAAAAGUGCAAAGAUGAUGAGCCCUGGUUCGGUAUUGAGCAAGAAUAUAUUCUCCUUGACUCGGACCUGAGGCCCUUCGGCUGGCCACCAGGCGGUUUCCCCCCACCACAGGGCCCCUACUACUGCGGAGUUGGCGCGAACAAAGUUUUCGCCAGAGAUCUCGUUGAAGCUCAUUACAAGUGCUGUUUGUAUGCCGGAGUUCCUAUCGCGGGUACUAAUGCUGAGGUCAUGCCUUCGCAAUGGGAGUUCCAAGUUGGUCCCUCAGUUGGUGUGACUGCCGGUGAUGAUCUGUGGGUGGCGAGAUACAUCCUUCAUAGGCUGGCCGAGGAGUAUGGAGUGAUCGUUACCUUCGACCCUAAGCCCGUGCAAGAGUGGAACGGCUCCGGUGCUCAUACCAACUUCUCCACCAAGAAAAUGAGGGAGGAUAAUGGAAUUAUUGAGAUAGAGAAGGCCAUCGACAAGCUGUCCAAGGUCCACAUGAAACACAUCAAGGUUUAUGACCCGCGCGGCGGCAAAGACAACGAGCGUCGUCUGACCGGCCUUCAUGAAACAGCCAGUAUUAACGAUUUUAGUGCUGGUGUCGCGAGCCGUACAAGCAGUAUCAGAAUACCGCGUGCCGUGGCCGAAGAGAAGAAGGGCUACCUCGAAGAUCGUCGACCUGCGUCCAACUGCGACCCUUACGCGGUCAUCGACGCUCUUAUGCGCACCUGUGUACUGAACGAAUAA